AUUCUUUUUUUAUAAGCCGCAAAUGGGUUUCAAAUAGUCCUACCGGCCGGCCUGAUUAUCUACUCGUUGAGGUAUAGGUAUGUCUGUUGUGUUUACAGUGCUAUUCAAUACUUGCUAUUCGGUCACUACCUCGUCUCUAUUUACAAACACUCGCUUCCCUGCGAGUCCGAUGUCACUGCCAAUAUCAGUAUUUUUUCAAACGCCGCACCAAAUGGAAUUGUACAUAUUGCUCUUCGGUCUAGGCCUAGCCUCGGCAGAAUAUAGCUUAGACUACGGACACAUAGAAGCUUUCUUGAAAGAAAGAAAAUCGGCACAGAAGUCGAAGAAUGGUCCACUAUUUCAUAUAUCAUCUCCAGUUGGCUGGCUUCGAGAUCCGGCAGCCUUCAUUUAUUUCAAAAACCAAUAUCACAUCUUUUACGAAUAUCACCCUAACAACGGCGCGUGGGGGGCUGUGCACUGGGGCCACGUGGUCAGUUCGAAUUUGGUUGAUUGGGCACACUAUCCCCCAGCUCUCGUGCCGAAAGACUACUACGAGAAACAAGGCUGCCUCGCCGGGAGUGCCAUCAUACAUGAUCGCUAUCUAACUCUAUUCUACACUGGCUACGCGCUCAGGAACUCCAAGAGCUGGCAGACUCAGAACGUUGCUAUCAGCACCGAUGGAAUCAUCUUUCAGAAGUAUCUUUACAAUCCGGUCAUUAGGGAAGACUUGCAUGGCGUUGGCAAUUUCAGGAACCCCAAGGUGUGGAGGCAUAAGAACAACACCUACAUGAUGCUCGGGACUACCUCUAGAGAACAACUGGGCCGGCUGGAACUUUAUACCUCCGUGGACAUGAAUAUGUGGACUUUCAAUAAGACUCUAGCAGAAUCCUACGGAGAUAUGGGUUUCAUGUGGGAAAACCCUGAUAUGAUCGACAUGGAGGGCAUGGACGUUCUGAUCUUAUCCGUUCAAGGUAUUCAGGCGGACUGCUUUAGAUUUAAAAACAUGUAUCAAACUGGCUACAUUGUCGGGCACUUCGAAUACGAUAAACUGGCUUUUGAGAACAUGGAAUUAUCGACGGCGACAUUUAACGAACUAGACCAUGGUCAUGACUUCUAUGGUGUGAAGACUACAAUAUCUCCGGAUGGGAGGAGGCUUCUAGUAGCAGGAUUAGGAAUGUCGAGCUUAGCAGAGUCCCGGCACGGCUGGGCGAACAUGCUCACCCUGGUGCGGGAGAUACAACUGAAUAAAAGAGGAGAAAUGCUUAUGACGCCUGUCAGGGAAGCUAAACAACUUCGCAGAGAAAUCCUCGAGCGCGCUUGGUAUUCUCCUGGAGGUGCUUUCACGUCCGACACUAAAUAUUUUGAGCUAAUUUUAAACACUACAACCGCUACUAGAGACAUAAGUCUCACCUUUGAAUGGGGUGACGGCACUCAGUUCAAAAUCGGGUAUUCCUCUGAACAUCGGUAUGUGACUGUAGACAGAGGAAGGGAGGACGGAGUGAGGCGCGCGGACUGGUCUCCUAAAGGAAUCGUCCAUUGGCGUAUCUUUAUGGAUUAUUGUGCUGUGGAGGUAUAUUGUGGAAGCGGUGAAGUAGUAUUCACGAGCAGGAUACCUCUACCACGAGGUCGUGUGGUGGUUAAAGUGGGGGGAGAAACAAUGGUCCACAUCACGCAGUAUAAACUCAGGAGGGGUGUUGGUUACAGUAGAAUUUCAAGCAAGAAAAUGAAGUAUGAAUAUCGAAAGAAAGUUGAAAAAAAGGCAAAGACGAAGGCUAAUAAAAUCAGUCUUGAUGAUUAUUGAAUUGGUAAAUAGAGGUUAUUAUGUUCGUUCGAGCGUGUUGUGCAAUUUUUGACUAUUGUUGUUCAGAGCAUGAAAAUGUUAAACAAAUUCUCUUUUUCCUAAGUGUGUGUGUCUAACCGGCAUAAGAUCGAACUUCGGUUGGGUUUUAUAAACUAAGUCACAAUUUUAAAUAUUUAAUGUAAUAUAAUAGGAUCAGGCCAAGCUAACUCUGCGGUGAUUACUACUUAUAACACAAAUCGAUAGGUAGGUAUGUAUUAUUUUGAACUUCAAACUUCUAUGAAAUUAUGACGUUUAAAAUAAUAAAAUCGCUGUAGAGAACUUAUUAGUCUGACUUCUUAUAGACCCCGAGCCACGAAUUCCAAUUGCCUAAUUAAACAGCAGGAGGAGUCAGUUGCCGCUUUUUGGUGAAUUGAAGAAUGGCACCCACCGAAAUACGUACAAAAAUUGUAAAUUCAGUCAAUACCGCCCGUUUCAUACGUUGUCAGACGAUAUUUUAGAAGCUAUUAUGAACAAAACAAUUGGCAAUCGGCUGUAUCGCGGUGGAAAAACUGUCAACAAAGCUGCAGCUGACUGCUCCUGCUGGUCAUUAUUUAUGGCCGUUAACCACCAUAUAAGAUAUUCAUAUUCAUUUUAUUGGUAGUGUUCAAUUACAUGUCAACAUAUUGCGCGAGACGCCAUGAAUGCCAUGAUUGACGAAAUUCUGACCGCCCGCAGUCGAUUAGGUUUUUUUUUUACCAAUCUAGUAAAUAUUUGAUUGUGUGGAACCUAAUAUAAUUUUAAUAAUAUCAGGAAUAAUAUUUCAAACAAUCGGUUAGGUCUAUUUUGCAAUUGACUCAUCCGAUGCGUAGGUAUCCGGUGUAGGGUAGGGGUAAAUAUCCCAACUGGAUGCUUUUACGGAACUUUCAGAAGUUGUAACUGAGAAUAGGGAUUAUAAAUUUACAGUUAACAUUGUUGUCGAUAGUACUUACAAUUCUAACGAAAAUUAUUAAGCUAGUUCAAGCGUUAAAGCAAAAUUAGGUUUGUCAAAAACAAUGUUAAUUAAAAUAAAAUAAUUAAAUUUAAUUAAGCAGUACACAAUUCGAUGUCAUAUUUUUUUAAUAUUAUACUAAAUAUUAUUAUUUAUAGGUACUAUUCUUCCGAAUAAAGAAUAUGCUAUUCUUCUGAAGUGUCAACAACAUUAAAAUCCAUAAUAAACAUGAGCGCUGAUCUGACUAUUGGGAAUCGAAUUGGCAGCCAUGACUUGAGUCGGCUGAAAAGAUGAUCCGGUAAAAAAUGCGUCGUAGGGCCCAUCAUUUGCCAUGUACCUAUAAUAUAUCUUAACUUUUUUCAGGUGUUUUAUACGUAUAUACAUACAACCACCAGUAAGGUCUAGUUUACCCUUCGGGUUGGAAGGUCAGAUGGCAGUCGCUU